AUGCUGAAACAGCACCACCGCGAUGAGACCGACCCUCCGGAAUGGCUCAUGCCUAUUGUGCUGCCCGCCAGCUCGCGAAAGGACUAGCGACCCUCUCGUGAUGCCGAAUGCCUCACCUACACUCUCUACUGUUCGCACUGAUGAACACCCGUCAGCGCACACCGCGGGUACGUCUGCUUGUUUCGUCAUAAAACCCGCAGACCUACCCAAAGAUCUUGUUUUCUCAGGGGCACCUGGGCAAGAUAUUGUAGAACGUUUGGCGCAAUACCGUGCGAGUGUUAAACUGAACUCAGUAGACAACUGCCCGGACCAUGUAGUCGACCAAUGUGCUGUGCGAUACCUCCCGCUUCUUCUGCGAGGGGCUGCGUAUGACACCCUGU